AUGGUCGAGUAUUUCGAACUCAUGAACGCCAACAACCGCCCCGAUGGGGCGGCAUAUCUUGCCCGACCGCAUCAUUGGCCCCUCAGCGUGCUGGACGAGCAAAUCGCCGAACUGGACUUUGGCUCGUCCCUAAUGGAGGAACAGUCCAUGUUCUCCUCAAUCGGCCUCGACGUAGCCCUAAUAUCCACCGACUCGCUGGACAUGGAGCAGCUUCGUCAGCGAUGCGAGACCAACAAGAACGACUACAAGAUAGCGUUUGAGGACUCGGGCCAAUGGACGACGAGCGGCUUCGGGACUGGCGCUUCGCCAAGCAACGGUGCUACAACUGGACUGGAGGAGUUCUCGUCGGACGAACGGACCAGCUAUGGCAAUGAAAGCCUAGAAGCUCCAAAUGGCAACCUAACGACGUGGGGCCGCAUCAGAAGUGUGGAGCCAUUCGACGAUCACACCAAGAGUAUGCCAAGCCAUGUUCAACUCAGAUCACCCCUCCCUUCGGCCACAAAAGAUCGACCGACCAGUCUGGUAGCCAACUUUAUGGGACGACAGAGCUCUUCAUCACAUAAAGACACUACUUCAUGUCAUAAAGACACCUCAUGUUGUCAUAAAGACCUAUCAUGCCACAAAGAUGCCGUUUCAAUAACAAGCGAAGGUCGACUGGUCGAUGUGAACGAAAACGAACUGGACUGUGCCUCAGCCAGCACCUCACGUUACACAGAGCCAAAGACAGAAGACAGGUGGGAGAAGGCGCAUAAAACAUCAUCAAUUCCACCGAAACGAACUUUUGCCGAAUUAGAACCAUCGAAAAGCUCAGUAGAUCUCAAGUUUCUGCAUUUGCCUUUCUAUGUAAGUUGGUUUUGUUGUGGUAUUGUGGUUUUUAGGUAACAUUUUGAGGUUUUGGAGAUUAUUAGGUAAUAUUGUGAGGGUUUGGAGAUUUUUAGGUAACGUUUUGUGUUUUUGAACAUUUUUCGGUCACAUAUUAAGGUUGUGGAGAUUUUUAGGUAACAAAAAUGCUGAAGAAUAGAUUUUUUUAAUAUUUAGGUAACAAAUAUAUUUUUUUGGCUAAAAUGUAUGAAAUAUAAAGUUUUAGGUAACAAAAAUUUAUUUUUAGUCAAAAGUUAUAGAUUAAUAAUAUUUUAGGUAACAAAAAUAAUAUUUUGCUUUAAAAAUUAUAAAAAAAAGAAUUUUGGGUAACCAAAGUUAACAUCUUUUAAAAAUCUAAUCUUGUUAAGUGUUGUAGUCAUCAAGUUUGACUUACUUUAAUUUGUUGUAUUAAUUAAAGCACUUUUUGUUUUAAAAAGCCGUCUUUUUGUUAAAAAGCAGCUAAAAUAAUAUGUAUUUGAAAAGCACAAAGUCAUUAAAGUGAAAAGCAACAGUGAUUAACUUUUUCAAGGCUUUUAUGUAUCAAUAUGAGCUUGUGGAGAUUUACACAGAAAUUUGAAUUUUGUUUCACAGUUUAUACCUAAAAGCUUAUUUUUCUUUAUAUUAUACUUAAAAAGCUAUUUUUCAAUAUAUUUUAUACCUUAAAUUUGUAUAUCUUUAUAUAUUAUACCUAAAAACCUCUUUUCUCUUUAUACCUUAUACCUAAAACUUAAUUUACUAUAAUAUCUAAACACCUAUGGCCAUGUUAUCUACAAUAUUAAUAGUCUAAUCCUACACAUUUCCAGCUCCCCAGCUUCUGUCGAACAUCAGCCCCACUGGACCAGCUUCUAAAAGAAGCCAACUCCAAGGAUCGGCCCACCACCGCCAGACUGAACCAGCUGCGCAAAGAGCUGGAUUCCGAAUCUCUGUAUGGCCGCGAAAUGAAGGCUUCGGCCAGUUCGCCGAGUCUCGGCGUAACACUAAUUGAACCGGAUUCUGGCCUUGGGCGGUCGAGCUCCGGCCCAUUACAUAUUGAAGAUUGGCCGUCGUUAUCACUGUUGUUGCCAAAGUAGGUUUCGUUAUGGUUUUUUUGCUUUGUAAUUCUUGGCGUGGAUUUUAAUGGGUGGGAUGGUUUUUUUUUGGUUUUUCUAGAAAUGGGCUGUGUUGGGCGGGGUGAUUUUUUUCAGUAGUAGAGGGGGGGGCAGGGUGGGUGAAAAAAAAUUUUAAAAAAGAGGGUGGGGUAGAGCAAGUAAAAAAAUUAUGAAAAGGGGGGUGUGUUUGGUAAGUUAAAAAAUUUUUUUGAAAAUUAAAAAUUUUAAAAUAAAAUUGGCCCUAGGGCACUCCUAUCACUUAAAACCCUUAAAAAUGUUUAUUUUCAGAAACGUCGUGGAAACCUGUUGCUUUUUCAAAAGCAAUGUCAGCCUAUUAGGCGGGAGCCAGGUCAAAAAGUCCGGUCCCUGGCUACAAUCCACUCAAAGCGAAAAACCCUCAAAAUCCACCCCCACUGCUCAAAAACCGCCCCUCCUGAGUCGCUCGUCCACAACCACCCUAAAACACAACCGUCAUGUCAAACUGAACGCGGCCGAACUCGCCAACAUUGGCCUACCAUCGUACGACGCGAAACGUCGACUGGUCGAAGCGGCAGUGGAAGGCGUGGCAGGAAUCCUUCGAGGAGAGUCAGCUCAAUUGUUGUUCCGAGGACUAGAACAACUCAUCGCUGACGGUCUCCUGGCUUCCUACACUUCAUGGGAUGUGGUGUUGACGGCGACGAAGCCGGGCAAGGCGACUGGAUGGGUUCACGAUCUGGUGCUGAAGUUGGAGAACGAGGAGAAGAACGUCGAUGCACAGUUGAGAACGUUCUUGGAGGAGUUGUUGAAGUAGGUUUUGGGAGGGUUUGGUGAUCUUUGAGUGUUAUAUUAUUCAUAUUAGGUGCCGACAUAAAGAACCCGCCAUACUUUUCCUGUAAUUUCCUGCAAAAAAUGGCGGGUUCUUUAUGUCGGUAUGUAAUAGAAGAAUUUGUAAGGCUAUAACAUGUCUUUGUUAGCCUUUAUAAGCCUAAAAUAUGAAAUAUUUUUACAUUUUUUAAGCCUAUAAACAUGGUUUUUUACUUUUUUAAAGCCUAAACUAUGAUUUUCUUACCUUUUUUAAGCUUAAAAUAUGAUUUUGUUACCUUUUUACCUCUAUUCAAACCCAAAUUUCAACCUUUUCGACCCCUCAACCUCAAUAUUUUCAGAUCCCACUCCCUGGACGGCUGGCUCAGCUACGUGGUGAUGAAGGAACGGGAGCUCUGCUCAAUGUAUUCAGAAGACGCCUUCCUUCUCCACGCUUCUACCGCCUAUAGAAGCUUGUUCUGGCGUCUGAUCGAGAGUCUGGAGUUGUUGUCGGUGUUGUCACGGUGCCAGCAAGGGAAUCUGGAAGAAAGCUUCUUCAAUCAGUACGAUGCUUCCAAACUACCAUCGGAUUCGAGGGUACCAAAGAGCUCGUCGGUACCAGCGAGGUUGGGGAAUGUUGCUGGAAGUAGGUUUUUUGGAAAUAAGGGGGUGGUUUUUGGGUUAAAAAAGGGGGGGGGGUGGGGUGAUUAAGUUUUAAAAUUUUAAAAAAAAUUUUAAUUUUAAAAAAUCGUAUUUUAGGACGAGGCUGGAGUUGCACAUCCCUCCAACCCAAAGACCUCCCAGUCAGCUACCUCCUCGACGACGUCGUAACCCGACCCGCCUCCAAGAUCCCAGUCAGUUUCUCACGCGAAACCCAAAGCACCAACAGCUCCACCCUGACCAAGUCACGUCGCUCACGAUCUCUGUUGGCCAAAGCUCGCGAAUCGACCGGUCAUUCCACCCACUUGUCGUUGGUCAAAGGCGAACCAGUCCGUGUACUGGACGUUCAAGGUGGACUGGCACGAGUGGCACGCCUCGAAACCAAAGCCGGUCAAAUUGCUCACGGCACCGUUCCUACCAAAUAUCUUCAGCUUUAA